CUCCAUAAGCUCCGCCAUGUCUCUCACCCGCUAUUCCAAGCCCGUGCCCGCAGAGGCCAUAGUGGCCGAGACCCGCGAGCAGCUCAACCAGAUCACCUUCGAGAACCAAUAUACCCUUCUUCACGAAGAAGACGGCGGCUACAUGCUCAAGCAGACGGAGGAUGGCGCCGUGGUGGCUGUGGCUAGCGAUGCCCUCUGUGCGGAACUCGACAAGGUCUUUGCCGACAUUGACGCUUUGGAGGCAGCAGAGAAGACAGAAAAUGAGCGACAGGGUGGGGACUCUACCACUGGAGACGGCAAAGAUGCUUCAACUCGGUGAUAUGUAUUACUUAUAAGGACUGCCAUAUCUGUUCAUCCCGC